AGUGUUUAGGGUGGAUCCCAUCAGCUCUGUUGAACUGAGAUGCGUGUUUAUUAACUUACUUUCACGUGCUGCAUUAAUAGUGAAGAUCAUUCUCUGGUGUUGGAUCUGGAUAUUGUGCUCCUCAUCUUCAUCGAGGAUGGAAUCGAUGCAUGUGUCACUGAUUCUCAUAGGUAUUUCUGUCUUGUAUCCGGGGACAGGUUCUCUCCACAAGCUUGAUCAACCGGUUCUGUUGGGUCCGUCCGUUGCAACCGAAGGUUCAGUUGUGGAAUUCUACUGUGAGAUUCCUGGGAAACCGGCAACAUUGUCCGUCCUAUACGAGCUCUAUUUAGAGACAAACCAGAGUAAGGUGAUUGGGGAGCACACCUCAAAUUCUGAAGAAAUAGCCAUUUUUCCUCUGGUUAUCACCACACAACAUGACGGUCGACUCAUUUGCAAGGCCAGCGGACACAAUAACACAGAUAUCGAGAGCUCGUUCAGUGUUGGCCUGGACCUCAAAGUCAUCAUUCCAGUGGAGGGAGCGAGAAUCAUUUCACAUCCUUCCAGUAAUGACAUAUGGGAAGGACAAACUUUGACCCUCCAGUGCACAAAGACCAAAGGAACGUACGUCUCCUAUCAAUGGUUUAGGAACGAAAAGCCAGUUGAAAUGGCAUACGACAGGACUGACGACACACUGAUCAUACACAAGCUCUCUGCGCGAAACACAGGCCAAUAUAUGUGUGUGGCGUCAAACCAAUACAAUGACACGGCGAUCUUUAACUCCAGUGAUGGCCUGUUUGUGCAGGUCAAAGAAUAUGUGUCAAAGCCUGAAAUCUCAGUUGACGUAGUGAAGCUUAAGGAUGGUGGUUUUAAAGCCGUCAUCUCGUGCCGGUCUGAGAAGGGAACUCCACUCAACACCUUCAGCCUGUUGAACAACACUGACGUCAUCGCAACAGAAACAAGCGACAGAACCAGCGUGCUCUUCAGUGUGCCGGUCGAGCUGAACCGCUACAUGGGCCACGUGAGAUGCAACGCCAGCAACGAGGGCAACUGGGUUCUGAGUGAACCAGCAGACCUGACCGUGGAGUCUGUAGAAGGCGCUGUAACAGUGACGCCCGUCACUUACAUGAGACGGGACUUCCAGGUGGUCGGUCUGGAUCUGCGCUGUAAGGUGGAGCGAGGAACGUUUCCAUUUUACCGCUGGUUUCUCAACAACAGCAGGCUGGAGGGCCAAGGAGGUUUCUACGCGGUGGUCUUGCCCGACAACUCAGGUCUGUCGCUGUCUGUGGGCCGGGACAGUGCUGGACUCUACCACUGCGAAGCUUCGGACAGACUUGACAACAGCACCAGCAUCCGCAGCCCGAGGAUUCUGAUCAAUAAAGAGGUUCUGAACAGAGUCUCUCCUGUGGUUGCGGUGGUUGUUUUCACCUGUUUCGCUCUGCUGAAUGUUGCUUUGAUGGCGUGUUGUAUUUAUGGAGUCGUGCUGCGAAGAAGAUAUUCAGGAAAAUACCUACUCAUCAAACAACGCAGAAAAAUGGAAAUCGCUGUUAAACAGGAAGACGAAGAGGAGGAGGAGGAGGAGGAGGAGGAUUAUCUAGAGAUGUUGGAGGGUUAUGAGGAAGACGUCGUCCUCGCUGACAGAAUGAGUGAUUCUGCUGCUGAGGAUGAAGGCGAAUCUGUAGAUGAAACUCUCCUGUAUGAAGGCGCCGUCUCCAAAUCUACAGACAUUCUUGAAGAGUUUAAUUUAUAGGAUUUUAAUCCAUUAAAUCUGAGCCUGACUGUUUGGUUUCCCACAGGCACAAGCAUAUCUUCACUUAGGCUAUUUGUCACGUAUUAUUCUGUUCAGACAAAGGUUUAUUCAAACCGAGACAAUAGACAAGCACUCACGACUGUGACCAAUCAGAAGCAAAGAUGGCCAACAAUGUGUCUACUGUCAGAUUCAAACGAGUCUGUGUGGGUUCAUGGACGGAAGAUCACAAAUAAUUAAAAAAUUUAUAUGUUUUGAUAAAUCCAACAAUGUUCAUAUUAAAACUUUAGAUAUAAACCAGA